AAUUGAGGUCGUCUCAUUACCGCAACUUUCACUCUCUUCUGGGGUUGCACUGUUCCCUCAUCCUUCUAAGGCAUUGACUGGUGGGGAAGAUGCCUACUUUGUGGCAUGCAAGAAUUGGUUUGGUGUAGCUGAUGGCGUGGGCCAAUGGUCACUUGAAGGAGUUAAUGCUGGAUUAUAUGCAAGGGAACUGAUGGACAAUUGUGAAAAGUUUUUGUCAGAAUGUGAUGGAAUUUCAAAGUAUGAGCCCAGUUCAGUUCUUAUUCAUAGUGCUUCAAAAGCACAUUCUCCUGGUUCAUCCACUGUUUUGGUCGGUUUUUUUGAUGGUCAGGCACUUCAUGUUGCAAACAUUGGAGACUCAGGAUUUGUAGUGAUCAGGGGUGCCCAUGUGUUUAACAGGUCAUCUCCAAUGGUAUACGGUUUUAACUUUCCCUUGCAGAUUGAAAGCGGCGAUGAUCCCUCAAAAUACAUAGAGACAUAUAAAGUUGAUUUAGAUGAAGAAGAUGUGAUUGUGACUGCAACAGAUGGCCUCUUUGACAACUUAUAUGAAAAAGAAAUAGUUGACAUAGUAUCAAAAUCAUUGCAGGCCAAUCUUAAGCCAGCGGUAAUUGCAGAGAUUUUGGCUUUGCGGGCUCAGGAAGUGGGGAAGUCAAUUACUACAAGAAGCCCAUUUGCUGAUGCUGCACAUGCUGCUGGUUAUCCGUUUUUUUCCGGUGGAAAGCUAGAUGAUGUUGCUGUCAUUGUCUCCAUUGUUGAGAAAUCAAGCUGAUCCGCCAGCCCCUGCUAUGUUUCUAAUAAAGGUAUGCGAUGAGUAUAUUAUAUGUAGAAGUUUGUAGCAAACUAAACUGAUUCCAGAAGCCACGCUUUUAUUUCUAAUAAAGUAGCCACACUUGUUUUAACUGGUGGUGAGAGCUGGCCACAUGGAACAGAAAGUAACAUCUAAACAUUAUGUAUUGUUGUACAUAUAAAGGGGGCUUUUGGCUCAACAUUAUUUUGUUUAUAUCACAAGUCGGCCUGAUAGCUUAGCAUUAGCUAAGUCAAUAACUGUAGUCGGACAAUAUUAACAUUUCAUUUACU